CACAUACACAAAGAGCGCACGAAAUACGCACACGGAGAAUUUACGGGCUUAGCUGUGAAACUGUGCAAAAGUUGCAAAACACUGUGUAGCAGUUGCAAAAACAAAACAAACGGAACCAACCAACCAACUGCAUCACGAUCAAUGGCCACUGCAAGCCAGCCAGCCCCGAGACGGAUGGUCCCAGCACAGGCACGAACGGCAGCAGUAGCAGCAAUCCCCCCGAUGUUGUAGAAGAAAUCGUUAGCAGCAGCAGCAGCAGGGAAUAAGAAACACACAUACACACGCGGAGAAAACGGGCAGGCGAAGAAGCAAACAAGAAGCAGUGCACAAAAAUAAUGAUUGCCGAAGGAACGGCGAGCGCAACAGGGCCCCCGACGAAACCGUGGUAAACAAGAGGGCGACCGACCGAAUUACAAGUGAAAAGAGGGGGAGGGUUGCCGCGUGUGCGUGUGUGUGUGUGUCUCUCUCUCUCUCUGUGCGAGUUCGAAGGGAGGUGCUGCAGCAGCCGCCCGUGCAGUCGGCGCAGCGUCUUUCGCGGGUACGGAUUUUAUCCGACGAUGAAUGCAGCAGCAAAACGCCACAUAAAGGAGGAAACCAGCAAUGAACACCAUGCUGGUGAAGGUUGCGACAGUGAGGACGGCGCAGGAAGGGACAUUGGACAGGGGAAUGAUGGAGAAGCGGCCGAAGAUGACAGAGAAUGCCAGCAGCAGCAGCAGCAGCAGCGCAACACGCGAACGAUCUACAGUCUCAAUAUGAACGUGUGCCGGUUGUGUCUGUCGGAAGGGCACGGGCACCUGCAGCCCGUUUACUACGCGCAGGACUCGCCGGACGAGAUACUGCUGCAAAAGAUACUGGAGCUGACCACGGUGGAGAUCACCUACGCGAUCGAUUUUCCCACCAGCGUGUGCUUGGAGUGUCUGGCCAAGCUGGACGAGUUUACCCACUUCCGGCGGCAGUGCAUCGAGAACAAUGAAAUGCUGAAGCUGAAAUACUACGAGCUGAAGGCGGAAGCGGAAGCGGAGGACGCACAGUACUGCUCGAAGCAGGAGCUGAAGGACGAGGAGGCGCUGCAGCUGGCGGACGUGAAGCAGGAGGAAGAGUUCAUCCAGCUCGAACGAUCGGCCGUCAUUGCGGAGGACGAGCAGAACGGUGCCCUGGCCGACGAGCAGGUGACGUACGUGGAGGAGGAGGAGCCGGCCGGCAAUGAGAUUAUCAUCGGCGAUGGGGGGCAGGACGAGUACGGCGCGGAAGAGCAGCCAGUGGCCGGCACGAAAAUACAGUACGUCUCGGAGGACGGCACCAUGACGGAGUACAUCACGGCCGGUGCGAUCGUGCGCCGGGAAGCUGGCAGUCCCGAGCUGGAGGAACCGGCCGGCGGUGUUGGUGAAGCGCCGCAGGAGAUUUACUACACCGUUGGCACGGACACGUACGCCAUUCCGGCGGUGGGCGGUACGGAAGCGACCGGCGGUGGUGGCUACGUGCCACAGGUGUACGCCGACCAAACCGAGAUCGAGUGUACCACGAUCGAGGACCAUCUGCCGGAGGAGUACGUGGAGGAGGUGCCGGCCGUCACGAUGACGGCCCCAAACAUGGCCCCGAAUAGUGGCACCCAUCCGGUGCUGGCUGCGUCCCGCGGCCGGCACGAUCGCCCCUUCGUGUGCAAACACUGCAAAACGAGCUUCAAGUAUGAGCAUAACUACGACCGGCACAUGAAAAACCACGCCAAGGUGCUGUACCGCUGUGGUAAGUGUUCGAAAACGUUCGUGAAGCUGCGCAAGUGCCAGCAGCACUUCUUGAAGGCGCACUCCUCCCAGCGGUACGAGUGUGACAUCUGCUACCGGACGUACAGCUUGCCGACGCGGCUGGAAAACCACGUGAUCGAGAUGCACUCGGUGAACGGUAUGUAUCGGUGCGACCGGUGCCAGGGCGAGCUGUUCACCACCUACCUGGACUUUAAGGCGCACCGGUUGCGCUACCACCCGCGCACCGAAGAGUCGUCCGCGGUGGGGACGGCCAGCGCCGACGCGACGCCCGCCAUCAUCAAGCAGACGUCGUUCUUCGAUGCGGUGCACAUGGAGCACGUGCUCACGUCGAACAAUUCCUGCACAUCGCCGGGCGGCGGCAGUCCCACGCCCAGCUCCGAGGAGGAUCAGCAACAGCAGCAGCAGCAACCCGCGAAGGAACUGCCGCCCGCCCGGGGCAAGCGUCCAUCCACGGGGAGUGGUCCCGCAACGCCCCGCACCCGAACGCGCACCAAUGGCCAUAACAAUCGCGCAGCGAAGGCGCAAAAACCGCACGCGACCAUUACGACGACUCCGCAGUCAUCUGCACAGCACGAGGUCAUCCUAAUAGAUGACGAUGAACAGCAACAUCAGCAGCAGCAACAGCACCAACUAGAAGAUUCGCCACUCCCGAACGGCGGCGCCAGCACACCGACGGUGCACCGGGAGUUGCUGCAGCAGAUCGAGGAGAGUGAGGCGAACUCGCUCGGUCCCAAAAUGUACACCUGCGACAGCUGCCCGAAGCAGUUCGUCCAUCUGAACAACCUGAAAGCGCACAUCUACGCCGAGCACGACAAUGACAAACCGUUCAAGUGCAAGGUCUGCCCGAUUUCGUUCAAAACGAAGGAAAUUCUCGUGAUGCAUAUGCUACUCCACACACAGAACAACGGUACAACUUAAAACGCUCCCCAAACCACGCCAUUGUGACCUAUUAUUAUGUGCCAAAAUCCUUGUCCUCUCCCUGCUGGUGGUGGCAUCUCGUGUGUGAACUAAAUGUGAUUCACCCGAUUCAUCCAUAUUGGAGUGAGGGAGCAUGCAAAGGAUACAAGAUUUCAAUUUCCGUUACAUCCCUUUCGGAAAUCCGUAUUUGUGAGUUUGUGUGUAUGUGUGUGUGUGACUGUGUGUGUGAGUGUAUGUGUGUUUUUACGUAAUAUCCUACCAUACCAUUGUAA